AUGUUGAAUAUUGGGAAACGUCGAUUGGUUUUCGGAUACGGCAUAGUUAGCUUCAAAUCGUUUGUUGGUUGUGCUAUGGAUUGGUGUGAUGGUAUUGAAUGGGGAAGUCUCACAUAUUCAACCGCAAAAAUGCACAACAAACUCCUCUUAACAACCUUCGUCCUCCUCCCCACCAUCUACGCAGCUCCAGCACCUGCCUCAGAUACAGAAAAUUAUUCUCCCAACUAUUCUCCUCCAUCCAUCUCCAUCCCAUCCCUUCCCUUUCCCCCCACUCCAAGUGUUCCAGCCACCGGAGGAAAUGGUGGCGGCGCUCUUGCGGGACUAGGUAGUCUUGGAGGCCUUUUGGGUGGACUUCUUGGUGGACUUGGACUUGGUGGUGGUGGCGGAGGGGCUUCUGCUCCCGCUCCUUCUGUGCCAGUUCCUGCUGCGCCAAGUGUACCAUCGUUGCCUACUAGUAGCUAUAUUCCUGUGCCUGUUCCUCAAGCUUCGGCUACGCUUCCAGCUUUUGGUGAUGGUAGUGGAGGUGGAUUGUCGAUUGGUGGUGCUGCUUCGGCUUCGGCUACACUUCCGGCUGUAUCUGCCACGCUUCCAGAUGUUGGAGGUGGCUCAGGAUCGGGCUCGGGAUAUAAUGGUGGUGGAAAUGGAGGAAGUGGAUCUGGCGUAUCUGCUUCGGUUCCAGGCGGUCCUGGUAUUUCGGUCGGUGUGGGAACUUCAGAUGGAGUCACUGCUACGCUACCUGGUGUUACCGUUUCUGUAACUCAACCUGGCGGACCAGCCCUUCCUACUUCUGUAGAUGGUGGCUCAGGUGGUUCUGCUGGUUCUGUUUCUGCUGAUUGUCCGGCUAAAGAUAUGUCGACGUAUUCAUUGGUGAUUGCGACAACCAUUCCUCAAACAACUACUAUCGUCUCGCAUUUCACCGUUGCAAUUGUUCAAACUAUUUCCACAAACAUUGUGCAGGCUGUUUAUCAAACUAUUACCGUCCCUACUACAGUGUUGAAGACUAUUCAAAGCACUGGAACUACUACAAUUGUUGCCACUUCAAUCAGUACUAGUCUUCAAACCUCUCUCACUGCUAUUUGUCAAGGUGGUGGUAUACCUGCAGCCCCAACUUUUCCAGGUGGAUCCAGUGCCAAUGGUGCUGCGAGCUCAAGUGCACCAGGUGCUACUGUCAGUGUCGGACUACCAGGUGGUGGAAGUGGAGGCAGUGGGAGUGGAGGGAGUGGAGAUGGAGGAAAUGGUGGUGGAUAUUACUCAAGAAUCUGA